AUGGCCAUCACCAUCUUCGACAUCCUCGUGCUGUUGAGCGACGGCGCCGUGCGGUUCUUCCCUCACGAGAUCGCGCAGGAGGCGGCGAUGUACCUGGUCGCAGCGGGCGACCUUCUGGGCGCGGUGGGCGCCAGCUGGGAAGGUUUCGGGACCAGCCAGGAGGCGCAUGGCAUCGAGGACUUCGCGCUCAGGGGGGUCCUGGACCAGGUGCUGCCCAGAGUUCUGCGGAGCGACGAGACGUACGAGCUCAUCAUCGGGACCCUCGACGGCGUGAUCGACAGCCUGAGGGAGACGGUGCUGGAAUUCAGAGACAGAGAGUCGAGGGCGACAUGUGAUGGAAGGCCCAGGAGGCGAUGA